AUGGCGUCGGACGGAGGCGCGGCGGGGGAGGAUCCGCUGUGCGUGGAGCUCCCGGAGCGGCUGGCCAUCCUGCCGUUCCGCAACCGCGUGCUUCUUCCCGGCGCCAUCGUCCGAAUCACAUGCUCCGACCCCAGCAGCGUGCGGUUGGUGGAGCAGGAGCUGUGGCAGAAGGACAAGCCCGCGCUGAUUGGGAUCGUACCCGUUAUAGAGCCCCCUGGUUCAGCGGAUAGCACUGGCAGCGGUGCUGCUAAUGGUGGUGCUGCUAGUGGCGGUGCUGCUGCUAGCGAUAGUGCGCGUGUGGGGCCCCAGCGGACCAGAGGAGGUGACUGGGGGGGGAACGCCGAGGCUUCUUCUGGAAGACGUGAAAUGGCACCCCAGGGCGUGUGCCGCUUUGCCAUUCUCUCCAUCAACUCGCGAGGGCCCUACCACGUGGCUCGGGUGUCUCAGCUGGAUGCCACACCACAGGAGGCGGACCGCGUGCGAGGGGAUGACGAGGUGAGGCGGCUGGGAAAGCAGCUGCUGCGAGUGGUGGAGGAGCUAGCACGGGUGAUGGAGCAGGGUGAUAGAGGCAGUGAGGCGGCUGGGAAAGCAGCUGCUGCGAGUGGUGGAGGAGCUGGCACGGGUGAUGGAGCAGGCAGCUGGGACGACAGUGAGGCAGUGAGGCGGCUGGGAAAGCAGCUGCUGCGAGUGGUGGAGGAGCUGGCACGGGUGAUGGAGCAGGAGAAGCAGCGGCAGGUGGCAGGGCUGAGGAAGGUGGCAGCAGAGUCCCAGCAGGCAUCUGCAGGGGAGAUGCAGAGGCUUGCAGAUAUGCAAGUAGCCAGUGUGGAGGGAGGGCUGGCAGCACGUCUGGCGAUGCUCGAUGCUGUGAAUCCGCGGAUGAGGCUGCAGCUCGCUGCUGCGAUCAUCUCUUUGCACCUCGAGGCCCUACAGGGGAGGGAGCUGGCUGGCAGCGCGCUUGGCGAUGCUGGAUGCGGUGAAUCUGCGGAUGAGGCUUCAGCUUGCCGCUGCCAUCAUCUCCCUACACUUGGAGGCCCUACAGGGGAUGGGGGCGGGCUGGCGGCGCGCCUGGCGAUGCUGGACGCGGUGAAUCCGCGCAUGAGGCUGAGCUCGCUGCUGCCGUUCUCCCUGCACCUGGAGGUCAGUAGGAUUGCGAUGGUGAUGGCGACAGUGGUGCAUUUAUGGGGCUCAGGGUGGGCUGGGAGCGCGCCUGGCGAUGCUGGACGCGGUGAAUCAGCGGAUGAGACUGCCUGCAAGGCAGCAAGGUGCAGAGGAUGCUCGGAGGAGGCUCUGCGUGUGCUCGAGAGGCGCAUGAAGGAGGUGAAGAUGCCACCCAACGUGUGGCGCCAUGUGCGGCGCGAAUUGAAGCGCCUGCGCAAGAUGCAGCCGCAGCAGCCGGGCUACAGCACAACCCGCCAGUACCUGGAGCUCUUGAGCGACCUCCCCUGGGGCAUUUCGUCUCCCAUCACUGCUGGUGGUAGUUCUGCUGGUGGUGGUGCUGGUGGUGGUGCUGUUGCUCGUGCUGCUGCCCUAUGUUGCAAAAUACGCGUAUGGCGUACGGAACGCGUACGAACUAUACGCAGCAGCGGCAGCGCGGGGAUAGACGUGGCAGCAGCGAGGGAGCAGCUGGACAGGGAGCACUUUGGGCUGGAGAGGGUGAAGCAGCGCAUUCUCGAGUACAUCGCCGUCAGGAAGCUCAAGCCUGACGCCACGGGUCCUGUGCUGUGCUUCGUGGGUCCCCCUGGUGUGGGCAAGACCUCUCUGGUCUCCUCUAUUGCCAAGGCUCUCGGGCGCAAGUUUGUGCGGAUCGCGCUGGGAGGGGUGAAGGACGAGGCGGAUAUCAGAGGGCACAGGCGGACUUAUGUGGGGAGCAUGCCAGGGCGACUCAUUGAAGGGGUCAAGAGGGCACAGGCGGACGUACGUUGGGAGCAUGCCGGGGCGACUGAUCGAAGGGGUGAAGUGCUGGGAGGGGUGAAGGACGAGGCGGAUAUCAGAGGGCACAGGCGGACGUACGUUGGGAGCAUGCCGGGGCGACUGAUCGAAGGGGUGAAGGUGAGAACAGGGGGUGUCGGGAGAGGGAUUGUGCGUCUCUUGGUGCUGGGAGGGGUGAAGGACGAGGCGGAUAUCAGAGGGCACAGGCGGACGUACGUUGGGAGCAUGCCGGGGCGACUGAUCGAAGGGGUGAAGGUGAGAACAGGGGGUGUAGGGAGAGGGAUUGUGCGUCUCUUGGUGCUGGGAGGGGUGAAGGACGAGGCGGAUAUCAGAGGGCACAGGCGGACGUACGUUGGGAGCAUGCCGGGGCGACUGAUCGAAGGGGUGAAGGUGAGAACAGGGGGUGUAGGGAGAGGGAUUGUGCGUCUCUUGGUGCUGGGAGGGGUGAAGGACGAGGCGGAUAUCAGAGGGCACAGGCGGACGUACGUUGGGAGCAUGCCGGGGCGACUGAUCGAAGGGGUGAAGGUGAGAACAGGGGGUGUAGGGAGAGGGAUUGUGCGUCUCUUGGUGCUGGGAGGGGUGAAGGACGAGGCGGAUAUCAGAGGGCACAGGCGGACGUACGUUGGGAGCAUGCCGGGGCGACUGAUCGAAGGGGUGAAGGUGAGAACAGGGGGUGUAGGGAGAGGGAUUGUGCGUCUCUUGGUGCUGGGAGGGGUGAAGGACGAGGCGGAUAUCAGAGGGCACAGGCGGACGUACGUUGGGAGCAUGCCGGGGCGACUGAUCGAAGGGGUGAAGGUGAGAACAGGGGGUGUAGGGAGAGGGAUUGUGCGUCUCUUGGUGCUGGGAGGGGUGAAGGACGAGGCGGAUAUCAGAGGGCACAGGCGGACGUACGUUGGGAGCAUGCCGGGGCGACUGAUCGAAGGGGUGAAGGUGAGAACAGGGGGUGUCGGGAGAGGGAUUGUGCGUCUCUUGGUGCUGGGAGGGGUGAAGGACGAGGCGGAUAUCAGAGGGCACAGGCGGACGUACGUUGGGAGCAUGCCGGGGCGACUGAUCGAAGGGGUGAAGGUGAGAACAGGGGGUGUCGGGAGAGGGAUUGUGCGUCUCUUGGUGCUGGGAGGGGUGAAGGACGAGGCGGAUAUCAGAGGGCACAGGCGGACGUACGUUGGGAGCAUGCCGGGGCGACUGAUCGAAGGGGUGAAGGUGAGAACAGGGGGUGUAGGGAGAGGGAUUGUGCGUCUCUUGGUGCUGGGAGGGGUGAAGGACGAGGCGGAUAUCAGAGGGCACAGGCGGACGUACGUUGGGAGCAUGCCGGGGCGACUGAUCGAAGGGGUGAAGGUGAGAACAGGGGGUGUAGGGAGAGGGAUUGUGCGUCUCUUGGUGCUGGGAGGGGUGAAGGACGAGGCGGAUAUCAGAGGGCACAGGCGGACGUACGUUGGGAGCAUGCCGGGGCGACUGAUCGAAGGGGUGAAGGUGAGAACAGGGGGUGUAGGGAGAGGGAUUGUGCGUCUCUUGGUGCUGGGAGGGGUGAAGGACGAGGCGGAUAUCAGAGGGCACAGGCGGACGUACGUUGGGAGCAUGCCGGGGCGACUGAUCGAAGGGGUGAAGGUGAGAACAGGGGGUGUAGGGAGAGGGAUUGUGCGUCUCUUGGUGCUGGGAGGGGUGAAGGACGAGGCGGAUAUCAGAGGGCACAGGCGGACGUACGUUGGGAGCAUGCCGGGGCGACUGAUCGAAGGGGUGAAGGUGAGAACAGGGGGUGUAGGGAGAGGGAUUGUGCGUCUCUUGGUGCUGGGAGGGGUGAAGGACGAGGCGGAUAUCAGAGGGCACAGGCGGACGUACGUUGGGAGCAUGCCGGGGCGACUGAUCGAAGGGGUGAAGGUGAGAACAGGGGGUGUAGGGAGAGGGAUUGUGCGUCUCUUGGUGCUGGGAGGGGUGAAGGACGAGGCGGAUAUCAGAGGGCACAGGCGGACGUACGUUGGGAGCAUGCCGGGGCGACUGAUCGAAGGGGUGAAGGUGAGAACAGGGGGUGUAGGGAGAGGGAUUGUGCGUCUCUUGGUGCUGGGAGGGGUGAAGGACGAGGCGGAUAUCAGAGGGCACAGGCGGACGUACGUUGGGAGCAUGCCGGGGCGACUGAUCGAAGGGGUGAAGGUGAGAACAGGGGGUGUAGGGAGAGGGAUUGUGCGUCUCUUGGUGCUGGGAGGGGUGAAGGACGAGGCGGAUAUCAGAGGGCACAGGCGGACGUACGUUGGGAGCAUGCCGGGGCGACUGAUCGAAGGGGUGAAGGUGAGAACAGGGGGUGUAGGGAGAGGGAUUGUGCGUCUCUUGGUGCUGGGAGGGGUGAAGGACGAGGCGGAUAUCAGAGGGCACAGGCGGACGUACGUUGGGAGCAUGCCGGGGCGACUGAUCGAAGGGGUGAAGGUGAGAACAGGGGGUGUAGGGAGAGGGAUUGUGCGUCUCUUGGUGCUGGGAGGGGUGAAGGACGAGGCGGAUAUCAGAGGGCACAGGCGGACGUACGUUGGGAGCAUGCCGGGGCGACUGAUCGAAGGGGUGAAGGUGAGAACAGGGGGUGUAGGGAGAGGGAUUGUGCGUCUCUUGGUGCUGGGAGGGGUGAAGGACGAGGCGGAUAUCAGAGGGCACAGGCGGACGUACGUUGGGAGCAUGCCGGGGCGACUGAUCGAAGGGGUGAAGGUGAGAACAGGGGGUGUAGGGAGAGGGAUUGUGCGUCUCUUGGUGCUGGGAGGGGUGAAGGACGAGGCGGAUAUCAGAGGGCACAGGCGGACGUACGUUGGGAGCAUGCCGGGGCGACUGAUCGAAGGGGUGAAGGUGAGAACAGGGGGUGUAGGGAGAGGGAUUGUGCGUCUCUUGGUGCUGGGAGGGGUGAAGGACGAGGCGGAUAUCAGAGGGCACAGGCGGACGUACGUUGGGAGCAUGCCGGGGCGACUGAUCGAAGGGGUGAAGGUGAGAACAGGGGGUGUAGGGAGAGGGAUUGUGCGUCUCUUGGUGCUGGGAGGGGUGAAGGACGAGGCGGAUAUCAGAGGGCACAGGCGGACGUACGUUGGGAGCAUGCCGGGGCGACUGAUCGAAGGGGUGAAGGUGAGAACAGGGGGUGUCGGGAGAGGGAUUGUGCGUCUCUUGGUGCUGGGAGGGGUGAAGGACGAGGCGGAUAUCAGAGGGCACAGGCGGACGUACGUUGGGAGCAUGCCGGGGCGACUGAUCGAAGGGGUGAAGGUGAGAACAGGGGGUGUAGGGAGAGGGAUUGUGCGUCUCUUGGUGCUGGGAGGGGUGAAGGACGAGGCGGAUAUCAGAGGGCACAGGCGGACGUACGUUGGGAGCAUGCCGGGGCGACUGAUCGAAGGGGUGAAGGUGAGAACAGGGGGUGUAGGGAGAGGGAUUGUGCGUCUCUUGGUGCUGGGAGGGGUGAAGGACGAGGCGGAUAUCAGAGGGCACAGGCGGACGUACGUUGGGAGCAUGCCGGGGCGACUGAUCGAAGGGGUGAAGGUGAGAACAGGGGGUGUAGGGAGAGGGAUUGUGCGUCUCUUGGUGCUGGGAGGGGUGAAGGACGAGGCGGAUAUCAGAGGGCACAGGCGGACGUACGUUGGGAGCAUGCCGGGGCGACUGAUCGAAGGGGUGAAGGUGAGAACAGGGGGUGUCGGGAGAGGGAUUGUGCGUCUCUUGGUGCUGGGAGGGGUGAAGGACGAGGCGGAUAUCAGAGGGCACAGGCGGACGUACGUUGGGAGCAUGCCGGGGCGACUGAUCGAAGGGGUGAAGGUGAGAACAGGGGGUGUCGGGAGAGGGAUUGUGCGUCUCUUGGUGCUGGGAGGGGUGAAGGACGAGGCGGAUAUCAGAGGGCACAGGCGGACGUACGUUGGGAGCAUGCCGGGGCGACUGAUCGAAGGGGUGAAGGUGAGAACAGGGGGUGUAGGGAGAGGGAUUGUGCGUCUCUUGGUGCUGGGAGGGGUGAAGGACGAGGCGGAUAUCAGAGGGCACAGGCGGACGUACGUUGGGAGCAUGCCGGGGCGACUGAUCGAAGGGGUGAAGGUGCCGAUGCCCGGGGCGACCCUGCUGCUGCCAACAACGCCCCACUCUUCCCUCAAGCCCUCCGCUUCUCCCCCUUGUACUGCUCUCUCCCCUUACACCCACCAGCGUGUGGGAGUGAACAACCCCGUCAUGCUGCUGGACGAGAUUGACAAGACUGGUGCCGACGCCAGGGGUGACCCUGCUGCUUCUAGCAACGCCCUUACUUUCCGCGACACCCUAUAUUCACCCCCCUGUUCUGCUCCUCUAACCAGCAUGUGGGCGUCAACAACCCAGUCAUGCUGCUGGACGAGAUCGACAAGAUGGGCGUCGAUGCCCGGGGUCACCCAGCUGCACCGCACUUCCCUCUCCUGUUCCGCAAGCCCUCACAUUCGUCCCCCUGUACUGCUCCCUCCCCACCACCAGCGUGUGGGCGUCAACAACCCAGUCAUGCUGCUGGACGAGAUUGACAAGACCGGGGCUGAUGCGAGGGGCGACCCUGCUGCUGUCAGCAACGCUCUCCCUUUUCUCAACCCUUCCUACUCGCCCCACUGUGCUGCUCUCUCCAUCCUCCCCUCCCCACCAGCGUGUGGGGGUGAACAAUCCCGUCAUGCUGCUGGACGAGAUCGACAAGGCCGGUGCCGAUGCCCAGUCGUGUGGGCGUCAACAACCCAGUCAUGCUGCUGGACGAGAUCGACAAGACAGGUGCCGAUGCCCGGGGUGACCCUGCUGCUGCCAGCAACUCCCCUCUCUCUCCCAUUCAACCCCCUGCAUUGCUCUUCCCUCUCAUCUCUGUCGUUCUCUCACCCCCACCAGCGUGUGGGCGUCAACAACCCAGUCAUGCUGCUUGAUGAGAUCGACAAGACCGGUGCCGAUGCCAGGGCGACCCUGCUGCUGCUGCCAGCAACUCCCCUCUCUUCCCCCAUCCCCUCCCAAUCCACCCUCCACCAGCGUGUGGGCGUCAACAACCCAGUCAUGCUGCUGGACGAGAUCGACAAGACCGGCGCCGAUGCCAGGGCGACCCUGCUGCUGCUGCCAGCAACUCCCCUCUCUUCCCCCAUCCCCUCCCAAUCCACCCUCCACCAGCGUGUGGGGGUCAACAACCCCAUCAUGCUGCUGGACGAGAUUGACAAGACCGGCGCCGAUGCCAGGGCGACCCUGCUGCUGCUGCCAGCAACUCCCCUCUCUUCCCCCAUCCCCUCCCAAUCCACCCUCCACCAGCGUGUGGGGGUCAACAACCCCAUCAUGCUGCUGGACGAGAUUGACAAGACCGGCGCCGAUGCCAGGGCGACCCUGCUGCUGCUGCCAGCAACUCCCCUCUCUUCCCCCAUCCCCUCCCAAUCCACCCUCCACCAGCGUGUGGGGGUCAACAACCCCAUCAUGCUGCUGGACGAGAUUGACAAGACCGGCGCCGAUGCCAGGGCGACCCUGCUGCUGCUGCCAGCAACUCCCCUCUCUUCCCCCAUCCCCUCCCAAUCCACCCUCCACCAGCGUGUGGGGGUCAACAACCCCAUCAUGCUGCUGGACGAGAUUGACAAGACCGGCGCCGAUGCCAGGGCGACCCUGCUGCUGCUGCCAGCAACUCCCCUCUCUUCCCCCAUCCCCUCCCAAUCCACCCUCCACCAGCGUGUGGGGGUCAACAACCCCAUCAUGCUGCUGGACGAGAUUGACAAGACCGGCGCCGAUGCCAGGGCGACCCUGCUGCUGCUGCCAGCAACUCCCCUCUCUUCCCCCAUCCCCUCCCAAUCCACCCUCCACCAGCGUGUGGGGGUCAACAACCCCAUCAUGCUGCUGGACGAGAUUGACAAGACCGGCGCCGAUGCCAGGGCGACCCUGCUGCUGCUGCCAGCAACUCCCCUCUCUUCCCCCAUCCCCUCCCAAUCCACCCUCCACCAGCGUGUGGGGGUCAACAACCCCAUCAUGCUGCUGGACGAGAUUGACAAGACCGGCGCCGAUGCCAGGGCGACCCUGCUGCUGCUGCCAGCAACUCCCCUCUCUUCCCCCAUCCCCUCCCAAUCCACCCUCCACCAGCGUGUGGGGGUCAACAACCCCAUCAUGCUGCUGGACGAGAUUGACAAGACCGGUGCCGAUGCCAGGGCGACCCUGCUGCUGCUGCCAGCAACUCCCCUCUCUUCCCCCAUCCCCUCCCAAUCCACCCUCCACCAGCGUGUGGGGGUCAACAACCCCAUCAUGCUGCUGGACGAGAUUGACAAGACCGGCGCCGAUGCCAGGGCGACCCUGCUGCUGCUGCCAGCAACUCCCCUCUCUUCCCCCAUCCCCUCCCAAUCCACCCUCCACCAGCGUGUGGGGGUCAACAACCCCAUCAUGCUGCUGGACGAGAUUGACAAGACCGGCGCCGAUGCCAGGGCGACCCUGCUGCUGCUGCCAGCAACUCCCCUCUCUUCCCCCAUCCCCUCCCAAUCCACCCUCCACCAGCGUGUGGGGGUCAACAACCCCAUCAUGCUGCUGGACGAGAUUGACAAGACCGGCGCCGAUGCCAGGGGCGACCCUGCUGCUGCACUCUCGGGCGAUCCUGCUGCUGCGCUGCUGGAGGUGCUGGAUCCCGAGCAGAACAAGUGCUUCCAGGACCAGAGAUCAGCUGUGCGGUGUGGGCUGUCCUUGAAUGCUGCUGCGGCACUGCUGGAGGUGCUGGACCCCGAGCAGAACAAGUGCUUCCAGGACCACUAUCUGGGAGUGCCCUUUGAUCUCUCGCGCGUGGUGUUUGUGGCAACAGCCAACCGCGCAGCACCCAUCCCAGCCGCUCUGCUGGACCGCAUGGAGGUGAUCGACCUGCCGGGCUACACCCCCGAGGAGAAGCAGCGAAUCGCCACGCGCCACCUCAUCCCGCGCGUGCUGGAGCAGCAUGGCAUCACCAAGCGCCACCUGCAUAUCUCUGAUCAUGCAGUGGAGUUGCUGAUAACGCGCUAUACUCGUGAGGCGGGAGUGAGGAAUCUGAGCCGCCUGCUGGCAGCACUGGCCAGGCAUGCCGCCGUGCAGGUGGCCCAGUCGAAUCGCUGCAUCCGAGUAACGAGGGAAGUGAGCGGGACCCACCCUACUCCUGGCGCUGCCCCUGCCGGCACACCCAGCUCUGCUGCUACUGCUUCUGACCCGCUCGCCACAGCAGCAGCAGUGGGGGACGCCAAGGCUGAGCUUGAGAUGGAAGUGGAGGCCAUAGGGAUGGAGGGAGCUCUCUCUACCACAGGUGGUGACUCGCUGGUCAUAGCAGCAGCAGUGGGGGACGCCAAGGCGGAGCUCGAGAUGGAAGUGGAGGCGAUAGGCAUGGAGGGAGCUCUCUCUACCACAGGUGGUGACUCGCUGGUCAUAGCAGCAGCAGUGGGGGACGCCAAGGCGGAGCUCGAGAUGGAAGUGGAGGCGAUAGGCAUGGAGGGAGCUCUCUCUACCACAGGUGGUGACUUGCUGGUCAUAGCAGCAGCAGUGGGGGACGCCAAGGCGGAGCUCGAGAUGGAAGUGGAGGCGAUAGGCAUGGAGGGAGCUCUCUCUACCACAGGUGGUGACUCGCUGGUCAUAGCAGCAGCAGUGGGGGACGCCAAGGCGGAGCUCGAGAUGGAAGUGGAGGCGAUAGGCAUGGAGGGAGCUCUCUCUACCACAGGUGGUGACUCGCUGGUCAUAGCAGCAGCAGUGGGGGACGCCAAGGCGGAACUCGAGGUGGAAGUGGAGGCGAUAGGCAUGGAGGGAGCUCUCUCUACCACAGGUGGUGACUCGCUGGUCAUAGCAGCAGCAGUGGGGGACGCCAAGGCGGAACUCGAGAUGGAAGUGGAGGCGAUAGGCAUGGAGGGAGCUCUCUCUACCACAGGUGGUGACUCGCUGGUCAUAGCAGCAGCAGUGGGGGACGCCAAGGCGGAGCUCGAGAUGGAAGUGGAGGCGAUAGGCAUGGAGGGAGCUCUCUCUACCACAGGUGGUGACUCGCUGGUCAUAGCAGCAGCAGUGGGGGACGCCAAGGCGGAACUCGAGAUGGAAGUGGAGGCGAUAGGCAUGGAGGGAGCUCUCUCUACCACAGGUGGUGACUCGCUGGUCAUAGCAGCAGCAGUGGGGGACGCCAAGGCGGAACUCGAGAUGGAAGUGGAGGCGAUAGGCAUGGAGGGAGCUCUCUCUACCACAGGUGGUGACUCGCUGGUCAUAGCAGCAGCAGUGGGGGACGCCAAGGCGGAGCUCGAGAUGGAAGUGGAGGCCAUAGGCAUGGAACUCUCUCCUUUUCACCCCUCAAACUUCGUCCUCUUCUUCCCGUCCUCCGUCCAGAGAAGGGAGGUGGCAGCGAUGAUGGCUGACUCAGACCCCAUGGAGGUCACAGAGGAGAUGAAUGGGUGCUGCAGGUCCCCGCGGGGUGCUGCACUCUGUGAUCACUCCUCUUCACCCCUCUGCACUGCUCUCUCAAGAGAUGCUGGAGAAAGUGCUGCAAUUCACCCCUCUCCACACUUCUGCACCACUCUCUUUCCUCUCCACUCCGGAAACCCUCCCUUCCAGGGCAAGGAGGUGGCAGCAGUGAUGGCUGACUCAGACCCGAUCGAGGUCACAGAGGAGAUGCUGGAGAAAGUGCUGGGGCCUCCCAAGUUUGACAGCAGGGAGGCAGCAGAGAGGGUGGCAACGCCGGGAGUGGCGGUUGGGCUGGUGUGGACGGCACCUCCCAAGUUUGACGGCAGGGAGGCAGCAGAGAGAGUUGCAACCCCGGGAGUGGCGGUUGGGCUGGUGUGGACGGCAGUGGGGGGCAAACCUCCCAAGUUUGACGGCAGGGAGGCAGCAGAGAGGGUGGCAACACCGGGAGUGGCAGUUGGGCUCGUGUGGACGGCAGUGGGGGGUGGGCGAGGUGCACCUCCCAAGUUUGACGGCAGGGAGGCAGCAGAGAGGGUGGCAACCCCGGGAGUGGCGGUGGGGCUGGUGUGGACGGCAGUGGGUGGGGAAGUGCAGUUUGUUGAAGCGACAGACAUGGUGGGGAAGGGAGAGCUGCAUCUGACUGGGCAGCUGGGAGAUGUGAUCAAGGAAUCGGCUCAGAUUGCUCUCACUUGGGUCCGUGCCAGGGCAGCAGAGUUCUUCCCACCACCGCCUACCUCCACUCCAUCCUCCUCCUCUCCUCCGCCCUUCACCCCAUCAGACCAUCCAUUCGAUGACUCCACACCUUCUGCUGACCACCUCCCCCCUCUCGGCCCCUAUGGAGCUGUCUCCUCCUCCCCUGCAUCCGCCCCUACUGUCGUCCCCACCAUCCUUCCCUCAUCCUUCGCUCCUCCUCUCACAUCUUCCGCUCCUGCCGUUGCUGCUGCUGGUAGUUAUGCCAUUGCUGCUUCUCGGGCUGCUACUCCCUCUGCUGCUGCCACUGCUUCUCAUGCUGCUGCAGCUGCAGCCCCUGCCGCCGCCGCUGCUGCUGCUAUAUCCGCUUCUGCUACCACCAGCUACAUGAGCACAGCAACUGCUGGCAAUCGGAUUGGCAACGGCAUUGGCAAGAGCAUUGGCAACGGCAGUGGCAAGAGCAGUGGAAAGAACAGCAGUAUCCGCCUGGGCAGGAGCAGCUUUUCCCCUCCCGCCGCCUCCUCUCCUUCCUCUGGGCCUGCGCCUCUCCCUCGCAAUCUUAUGGAGGGGCGAGACAUACACAUCCACUUCCCCGCAGGUGCUGUGCCUAAGGAUGGCCCAUCGGCUGGUGUUACGCUGGUAACCGCACUCGUGUCUCUCCUCUCCAACCGCUGUGUGCGAUCGGACACGGCCAUGACUGGGGAGCUCACACUCAGGGGCUUGGUUCUGCCCGUUGGGGGGGUGAAGGAAAAGAUUCUCGCUGCCCAUCGCUGCGGCAUCAGGCGAGUUAUUCUGCCCGAAAAGAACAUCAAGGAUCUCCAGGAGGUGCCGGCUGCUGUGCUGGCAUGCAUGGAGAUGAGUCCGAAUGACGUGGCCGAUAAGCUGGCUGACGCCACGCUGGCCGACGCCGCGCCAGCAGCCGACGCCGCGCCAGCAGCUUCCGCGAAACCUGAGAAAGCCGCUAAAGGCAAGGGUGCCGACAAGGGCGCCGACAAAGCCGCUGCCGCCGCGGCCGCCGCUGCGAAAGAGGCGGCGAAGAUUGCGCCGGAGAUUCAGGCUUUUUUUAAGAGGAGGAUUGAGAUGUUCGAGGCGCUUCAGAAGGAGCAGGCAGAGCAGAGGGCAAAGAUCGCCGGCGAUCCGAUUAAGAUCACCCUGCCCGACGGUGCUGUGAAGGAGGGAAAGAAGUGGGAGACCUCUCCGAUGGACGUGGCCAAGGGCAUCUCGCAGGGGCUCGCCAACAGCGCCAUCAUCUCCAAGGUGGAUGGCGUGUUGUGGGACAUGUGCCGGCCUCUCGAGGGCGACUGCUCGCUGCAGCUGUUCACGUUUGAAGACGACGAGGGGAGGGACACUUUCUGGCACUCUAGCGCGCACAUCCUGGGCGAGGCUCUGGAGCAAGAAUACGGGUGCCACCUGUGCAUUGGGCCAUGCACCACACGAGGCGAGGGGUUUUACUAUGACGCCUUUUAUGGCGAUCGCACUCUCAACGACGAGCACUUCAAAGCUAUUGAAGGAAAGGCGGGCAAGGCGGCCAAGGAGAAGCAGGCGUUUGAGCGGAUCGAAGUGACGAGGCAGCAGGCGCUGGAGAUGUUUGCCGAUAACCCCUUCAAGGUGGAGAUCAUCAAUGAGCUUCCAGAGGAUAAGACCAUCACUGUGUACCGCUGUGGCCCCUUGGUUGAUCUCUGCCGUGGUCCCCACAUCCCCAACACUUCCCACGUCAAGGCCUUUGCCUGCCUCAAGGCAUCAGCAUCAUACUGGAGGGGCCAGUCCGACAGAGAGAGUUUGCAGAGAGUGUACGGCAUCUCAUAUCCUGACAGCAAGAAGCUCAAGGAGUACCUGCACGUGUUGGAGGAGGCCAAGAAACGAGACCACCGUGUGGUGGGGCUCGCACAGGAGCUCUUCUUCUUCCACCCGCUCAGCCCCGGAAGCUGCUUCUUCCUGCCGCAUGGAGCGCGGAUAUACAACAAGCUCGUCUCGUUCAUCCAGGGCGAGUACAGGAAGCGAGGCUACCACGAGGUAGUGACCCCCAACAUGUUCAACAUGGAGCUGUGGAACAUCUCAGGCCACGCGGCCAACUACAAGGAGAACAUGUUUGUGUUCGAUGUGGAGAAGCAGGAGUUCGGGUUAAAGCCCAUGAAUUGCCCCGGCCAUUGCCUCAUGUUCGCUCACCGUGUGCGCUCCUACCGAGAGCUGCCACUCCGCUUUGCUGAUUUUGGAGUGCUGCACCGCAACGAGCUCAGCGGCGCUCUCACUGGUCUCACACGCGUGCGCAGGUUCCAGCAGGACGACGCGCACAUUUUCUGUGAGGAGAGCCAGGUGGAGGCAGAAGUGAGUGACGUGCUGGACUUUCUUCAGACUGUCUACGGCAUCUUUGGAUUCACCUUCGACCUUGAGCUGAGCACGCGUCCGGAAAAGCAUCUGGGGGAGGUGGAGACGUGGGACAGGGCGGAGGCCGCCCUGACCAAGUCGCUGAACGCGUUUGGGCGGCCGUGGCAGAUCAACGCGGGCGACGGGGCGUUCUACGGGCCCAAGAUUGACAUCACGGUGUAUGAUGCGCUCAAGAGGAAGCACCAGUGCGCCACCAUCCAGCUCGACUUCCAACUGCCCAUCCGCUUCAAAUUGGAAUACUCCGCUGAUGACGACGCAGCGGGCAGGAAGAGGCCGGUCAUCAUCCAUCGUGCCAUCCUGGGUUCAGUGGAGCGCAUGUUCGCUAUUCUCCUGGAGCACUUCGCCGGCAAGUGGCCCUUCUGGCUGAGCCCCCGGCAGGUUACCGUUUGCCCGGUCUCCGAGAAAUACUCGCAAUACGCCACCAAGGUUCGCGAUGAGAUCCAUGCUGCCGGCUUUGACGUUGAGGCCGAUCUCUCCGACAGGAAGCUUCAGAAGAAGGUGCGGGAGGCCCAGCUGGCUCAAUUCAACUACAUUUUGGUGGUGGGAGCGGAGGAGGAGGCACAGGGCUCGGUGAAUGGUUUAGCAGGGUGUUACCACAUCACUGCUUUCGCAGCCCCUGCAUUCGGCGCAACACACCAACACGCAACACGCUUGGCCCCUCGAUUUCACCAAACCCGUUAUAGUCACGUGUUUUACUAUCACGCCUCCUUCCCUCCCAACCCUUUCUUCCUUACCUUUCUUCUCCACCUUUCGCUUCCUUCCCCCUCUCUCUGGUUCCCUCCAAUCCCCCUUGCUGAGGUACAAAGUGGUGCUGGACGGUUCAGCAAGAUGCAGAUCUUCGUGAAGACCCUGACGGGCAAGACCAUCACUCUCGAGGUCGAGAGCAGCGACACCAUCGACAAUGUUAAGGCCAAGAUCCAGGACAAGGAGGGCAUCCCUCCCGACCAGCAGCGGCUGAUUUUCGCCGGCAAGCAGCUCGAGGACGGCCGCACGCUUGCCGACUACAACAUCCAGAAGGAGUCGACGCUGCACUUGGUGUUGCGGCUGCGAGGAGGAAUCAUCGAGCCUUCUCUCAUGGCGCUCGCUCGCAAGUACAACGCCGAUAAGAUGAUCUGCCGCAAGUGCUACGCUCGUCUGCACCCGCGCGCUGUGAACUGCAGGAAGAAGAAGUGCGGCCACACCAACCAGCUGAGGCCCAAGAAGAAGAUCAAAGCAAUUUUUAUCGGCGCGCUUCUUCUGGCGUGCUUCCACGUGGCACACGCCGGAUUUCUCGGGUUUGGUGGCAAGAAGAAGAAGGCAUGUGAUCUAUCCGUUGGCAGUUGGUCCCCGUCGACCAAGUACCCGGUAUACGACUCCUCGUGUCCGUAUAUUAGCCAGGAGUUCAACUGCGAAAAGAACGGGCGACCGGACGGCGACUUUCGCCACUUCGAGUGGAAGCCGUCGGGUUGCAAGCUGAAUCGGUUUGACCCGAAGAAAUUCGCGAUGACGUUCAUUGGCCAGUCCGUGGCGAUCGUGGGCGACAACACUGGCCUGUACAUGUACCAGUCGCUCAGGUGUCGCAUGGAUGCUGCGAAUUUCAAGACCGAGAGUUUUGAUCCGUCUACGAUUGGUUGGACCGGCGAUGGUUUCAAGGUCAAGCCUUGGGGGGUCAAGGUCGUGUUCGUGCACGCACCGUUCCUCACCGAAGCCGAUCCGAUGGACCCGUUGAAGCGAUCCGUGAAGGACGGAUGGAAUGUGCACGUGGACAGAAUUAAUCACAAGCUAACAGAAACACUUAAAGGGCUGCGAUCAGUCAUCCUCGUGGCCGGCAAUUACUAUGCGGAAUCCUCCAACCGCACGUACUACAGCAAGGGCCGAGCGAUCUCCUCGCAGCCCAGAGGCAUCGUGGCAUCACCCCUUCCACCCCUCUCCACCUCUCCACCCCUCUCCUUUCACCCACACCAGGAAUCCUCCAACCGCACUUACUACAGCAAGGACCGAGUGAUCUCCUCGCAUCCCAGAGGCAUCGCGGCACUUAACAUCGUGCUAUGCAACGUGCAGACUACAUCAAGUCAAGCGUUAUGCUGGUCCAUCUCAAUGUGUUCUCGACCCAAAUGUCUCUCCCCCUCCCUCAUCCUCCUCUCCCCUCUUUCUCCCCUCUUUCACCCUCUCCCCCUCUUUCACCCUCCUCUCCCCUCUUUCACCCUCCUCUCCCCUCUUUCACCCUCCUCUCCCCUCUUUCACCCUCCUCUCCCCUCUUUCACCCUCCUCUCCCCUCUUUCACCCUCCUCUCCCCUCUUUCACCCUCCUCUCCCCUCUUUCACCCUCCUCUCCCCUCUUUCACCCUCCUCUCCCCUCUUUCACCCUCCUCUCCCCUCUUUCACCCUCCUCUCCCCUCUUUCACCCUCCUCUCCCUCUCCUCUCCCCUCUUUCACCCUCCUCUCCCCUCUUUCACCCUCCUCUCUCCCCUCUUUCACCCUCCUCUCCCCUCUUUCACCCUCCUCUCCCCUCUUUCACCCUCCUCUCCCCUCUUUCCCCCUCCUCUCCCCUCUUUCCCCCUCCUCUCCCCUCUUUCCCCUCCUCUCCCCUCUUUCACCCUCCUCUCCCCUCUUUCACCCUCCUCUCCCCUCUUUCACCCUCCUCUCCCCUCUUUCCCCUCCUCUCCCCUCUUUCCCCCUCCUCUCCCCUCUUUCCCCCUCCUCUCCCCUCUUUCACCCUCCUCUCCCCUCUUUCCCCCUCCUCUCCCCGUUCUCCCAUUCCCCCCUCUCUGCAGGAAUCCUCCAACCGCACCUACUACAGCAAGGGCCGUGUGAUCUCAUCUCAGCCCAGCGGCAUUGCGGCAAUCAACCCUUUCCGUCCCUCUCCACCCCUUCCCCUACCCUCCUACAGGAAUCCUCCAACCGCACCUACUACAGCAAGGGCCGCGUGAUCUCCUCACAGCCCAGCGGCAUCGCGGCGCUCAACAUCGUACUGCGCAACGUUGCAGACUACAUCAAGUCAAAUGUCAUGCUGGUGCAACCCUACGCGCUCUCCAUCCCGCCCGCGCACAUGCCCAACAUGUUCCAAUACGCCGACACCACAUGCGCGCUUUUCGCGGGACCUUUAUCGAGCACGGCAACUGAUCUAGCCAAGGCUCGGAGCAGCGUUGUCGCGUGGACCAACGCUCAAAUCAACGCGUUAGCGAAUUCUCGCAUCAAGCUGCUUAAUAUCUUGUCGCUGUCGCUCUAUAGGGCGGAUGCACACGUGGGGACGUACCGGCCGGCGGGAGGUUCGACGGAAAUGGACUGUGCUAAGUGGUGCCUGCCGGGAGUUCCAGACGUGUGGCUGGACUUAUGGUACCACCAGGUCAGCGACCCGUUUAACCUUAAGCCGUAA